AUGGCGUCAUCGUCGCGCGACAACGGCGAACCCGGGAAAUCGACGACGAACCAUAAGUAUUCGUCGAGAAUCGUAAGUAAAAAUUUGCACCCGCCUAGUCGGGGCGGCGGUCGGCUUGCGCGGUUCGUACCGUCUGAAAGAAAACAAAUUCCUUGUUGAGUAAAAAAAAAAAAAAAAAAAACCAAAAUCAAAAUCGAUCCCUCGGUUUUCUUCUCGUCAUCGCGUCGUCUUGGGUUUUAUAAUUUUUCCGUUUCCGAUCUCUACGAUAUUGAACUGUAUACGUUGUAUUGUGUUUCGCUUUGGAUUCCUGUAUAUUUUUUUAAUCGCUUUUUUUUUUAUACGUCCACGAACCGGAUCUUUGUUUUAUUGGUUAUUCGCAACGCACGCGGGCGGAUUAUCAUGUUUUAUUUGUUUUUUUUUUUUUGUUUUUUUCUGUAGAAACGAGCUUAUCAAGAUAAUAUUUUAUUUCCUGCACGAUUUCGGUGGAUUAUACUUGCCGUUCGAUUCUAAAAAUGUAUUAUCCUUAGCUCCUGUCGAUAUCAUUAUAAUCGAUAUACACUCGCGCACACCUGUUAGUAGUUUUGUUUAGGAGAAUACACACGCGUGCGCACGUCGUUGCUCUGCCGUUUAUUUUUCAUUUCAUAGGUUAGUAAAACGCCCGCCGGAAACGUUACGAAAACACAAAUUUUGUUUGGUUUCAAAACGUAGCACCCACUCGAUUAACGCGCGAUUUGUUAUCUCGACGUGUCAAAUAUAAUAUUAUUUACUCGUAUCAGCAAUGUGUUUACGUUCGUCCGUGUUCAAAUUCAAAUGGUUAUUCGUGUUGAGCUCGUUUUCGUAGCGUUCACUGCGUUUUCGUUUAAAAUAAAUCGUAUUAUUUUUUUUUCUGAUUUCGAUUGUAUCCUCCCGUCGAUCAAUAUUAAAUCACUAUUCGUUUUUUAUUCUCGUUCGAAAAUUAUUGCAUUGCACGGAUAUAUAUAUAUAUAUAUAAGUGAAUACGUAUAGACGUAAAUAGUCUGAAAAUACAUAGGGCUUCGAUUAGACGACUCGGGAAGGGCUAAAUCCUCCUAAGCCCCCCCCCUAUUUACGUCUCUGCGAGUACUAGCUAUUCGAAUCCUUCGGGGGACAGUGACUCGCGGUAUCGUGUGCUAAAAUUAACUGUACACACUGACACUGGACUGAUCGCAUCGUUACUAUUAUUCGCAUUAAACAAUUAUUAUUCAUUAGGUACAUACGAACGUGUGGCAUUAAUAACGCAAGGUCUUGUAAAUUUAAAUUUGUUUGACAAUUUAAAUUUUAAACAGAGAUCGCUGCAAUAUUAAAAUAUCUUAAGGUUGUACUCAGACACGUACACCAAAAAAAAUUCGUGGGAGGAGGUUCAUAAAUCAUUUACAAUAAUCAAUAUUAUCAAUAUUUAUAAAAAAAAAUAUAUUAAAUUUAUAUAAAUAAAUUAGACAACUAAAUUUUCGGGAAGGAAGGGAGGUAGACCUCCCCCUCCUCUGUAUAUGUGCUUGGUUGUACUAGACAAUAUUCUAAAUUAUUAAACGUUUGUAUGAAUUGAGUUAGAAACGUUAAGAAAAUUUAAAUUUAAAUAUAUCUACUCUGAUUUCUAAGUACCAUUUUAGGAUUUAUAAAUACUACUUUAGGAUUUCUAAGUUUCCAAUCUCACAUUCAACCCUCCGCUCUUCUCUAUCCGUUGCUCUUUCGUGUACCAGUUCGAACCUCAGCCUAGUCACCCGUUACGUUCCGAGUAGUUUUCGUCCGGAUUCUGCUUCAUCCUACCGCUUUAUUUACUCAUUCUAACUUCUAUAAGCAUGCACUGGAUAUGCCGCCCAUUACAAUUUUUUCCUCCUUAUACCAGGUAAUUAUAUAUCUUAUAAAUAGUCGACGAAAUAUUCGCUCUUUUAUCAUAACUUCCGUUUUGUAAAGUAAAAAAACGCAUUCGCCCGGUUUACAACGGAGGAAGUGUCCUCGGGAAAUUGCCGACAAACGAACACGUUACGCGAAAUCAAUACAUUGUUAUACCUAUUAGGUGUUAUUAAAUGAUAAUUUACACGCAGCAAGAAUACCAAACGCAACAUUGCAGUUAAGUUAUUCUCGAGAUCGAAACAUCGUGCCGGCUUAUACCUUACGACGUUUCAGAUAGCAGCAUUACGCGGUCGAUAGUAUUAUUUUGUAUUAUUUGUUUAAACGACCGCUAUUAUAACAUAGUGGUGUCGGUGUGCUUGGGCAUAGAACUAAAUCGAAACGUGAGCGAUUUUACGCUCCGUCGUGGUGCGCUGUUUUUUUUUCAUAUUUUUUGUUCACGAGCCGGCCAGCUAGACGGACGAGAACGACAACCGCGCGCUCGGUCGCGAUGCUCGGUCGUCGACUGGCGGCGGCGUGUACUCGACCGACGUGGUCGCGUAUUGAAAACAAUUCGGUUUAUUAUGGUAAUUACCACGCCGAACACGUGACGGUCGUCCAAGUAAAAUCCCGUGCCGCGCGAGCUCUCGUUGUCUCCCGUUCAGCGGUGCGUUUACCGUGUCGAACAAUGUUCAGUGUUUCUCAACUUCGGUCCGCACGGCGAUAGUGGCUACCGGGACAUUCGACAUCACCACUGCGAUAGUAACCACUAUCACUAGUUAGCAACUAUUGAACUAUCGCUAAAUCUGCUGUCGUGAUACUAUCGCACAUGCACGGUGGCUGUUAGCUUUAUAACAUUUUAUCGUAACUAUUACAGUUUGCGGACACGGUCGUUUCUAUUUCACUGUUGUGAGUCGUAACGACACUUUCACGAACGUAUUUCUAUCGAUAUUCACCGUGUCUAAUAUAAUUCACUAUACUAUAUCAUGCGGACGCUAUCUUAUAUGAUAAUAAAAUAUCGCGGUAAAAACUCAUCGUUUAGCUCUUACACGCUUUUUUUUCUGGCAUCAUAACUCUUCGAGAGUUUGUCACCAACGACAACGCCUUCCAAUUCAUCACUAGGUGUACCUACCGCUACUUUCUCCAGGUCUUGUUUCACCCCUAAAACCGUUCAGCUGACGUUCUCCGGGUCUUCCCAUUAGGUUUCCACCCCGUCAGAUGCCUUUGAAGGUUCACCAAUUCCGGUUCCUCGGCACAUGUCUGGAAUCUCCUGGAUAAUUUUCCUUUCACGCCAGCACCCCAGUUGAUUAUAUUGUACUAAACCCGGAUAAUAGUCAGUAUUCCUAACCUUAUUACACUACUCGGACCACUUGGAUUUUUUGGAAAUUAUUUUUCUGUUUUUAAAUCAUUUCUCAAACCCUAUACUCUUUCAAAUAUUUUAAAAUAAAUUCGAAAUGCUUUUAUUUUUUCUAUAGAAUUUAAAUUUUUUUCUCAUAUAUUUAGAAAAAAAAAAAGAAGAUAUAUAUAUAGAAGUGCGAGAAUUAACACUUAAGUAUAGAGUUUUUUUUAGUGUUAACCAGAGACUAAGCUAAUUGUUAUUAAUUAUAGAUAAAAUGCGAUUUUUAUGAAAUUGUGUAGUCAAAAUCGCAAAAUUUAAUGAAUAAUUGGUUUUAUUAUUAUUUUUUACCAGAAUUUUUGUUACCCCUAGGCGACUGUAUGUUAAUUUUUUUUUUUAUCGAUUGAUGAUGCUGCAGAGCUACUCAUGGACUGACUAAAUUAUAUGUUUAUAAUAAUAUUAUUAUUCUAUUGUAACAAUACCGUGUACCCUAGCAUGUACUUAUACAUACUGUCAUAAAUACAUUUUUAUAUGAAUAAUACAUAAUUAUAAAGGAAUUGACUACCGAUUAAAAAAUCGUAUUUAGUUAUAGUACCUAAGUACCUCACUACCUAAGUAACCUAUUUAUUAUUAAUAAUUUUUAAAACGUUAAAAAAGUGUUCUUUUUUAUUUUUUUUAUACCAAUCAUAAUAACGACAAUCUCGACGACCUACGAGUAAAUACGUAUACGAUGUCGGGAUAUUGCUAUGUUUUCGUCGAUAUCGGGGGCGGUUCCUACAUGCAUUAUCAAUGUUUGAUCGUAGGACACGUAUGCCAUCUGCAUCUGUAUAAUACUGUCGAAGGAUUUCUAUCGAUUUUUUAUUCUUCUGUAAACAUAAUAUCGAGACGUUCGUCAAGUACUUGUACUUAUAAUACUCUCUCGUGCCUAUAAUUGCAGUUUUUUUUUAUUAUGCCGCCGCCGGUAACGUCGAAUUAAACGUAGAUGUACUACACCGUCAAAUUCCGAUUGGCACCGACCGUUGCCGAGUUGCAAUUUUCGGGGUCACCUCUCUUUCUCUUGGCUGCAGUCGAGUAUAUCGGUUGACCCUAUUCUUUUUCUAUUUUAUCGAACUAGAUGAAUUAUUAUAAUUUCUUUAUAGAGUUCAUAAUUCUUAUUCAGUGGUGUGUAGGUGUAGAAUUUCAUUUAAGGGAGGGAGGAGGUUUUAGAGUCAAGAUCAAACUGAAAUUUGGUCUAUACUUCCAAAACACUAACUAGCACUAAGUUUGUUCGGUGAACAAUAUUUACCAAAAGGUUCCGUUAGGUUUUCAAGAAAUAAAAUGUUUGUUUGGUCAAGUAUGUUUAAACGUUUAAUAACGUAAAGUUUUUAGUUAGUUUAAAGCGAUUAUGUUUUUCAUACAUUUAUUAAUCUAAUGAGAUAAAGUAAUAUAAACAUAAUGCCAGUAGUCUAAUUUAUGUUUUGAAAAAUGAUUCGACUUCGUAUGUAUUUUAUAUUUUCUUAGAGAAAUAAGAGAUUAAUAAUUAGAUGUAUGUUUUUUUAUUAUUAUUAUUUUUUUUUUUUGUGACUAAGUUUAUUUUUAAAAAAAGGUAAAAUUAUUGUGCACUAAACAAAAACGAACAAAUGUUUCCUACAUAACAUACGCCGAAAAUCGAAUAAUUCAAAUAUGUUUCCAUAAUUGGAAUUUUAUUCCAACUUAUAUUAUCCAGUCUAUAACGUUGUAUUUGUUCGUAAAAUUAAAAGUAGGGAGUGGUUUUACCAUUAAAAAUAAGGUGACAAAAAAUAAUAUGAAUAUAAAACUGUAGAGUUGCUUGUUUCUAAAAUGUUCUAGAAAACAAAUUCUGAAAAAAGUUAAUACUCUCCGAGGCAAUGAAUAUACCCACUUGGAUACCCAAUGGAUCUGGUAUAAUAUACCUGGUAUAACUAAUUGACAAUAUUACACAAAAUAUUUUAUAUCAUAUUAUUAUUGUCUAUCACUAAAUAAAUCACACGCGCACUGAGUUAAUAAUGCCUAUACUAUAGGGCGUGGGCUAUCAAGAGUACAAAAAUUCAUCAAAUCUUUUUGAUUCCUAGACUGACAAUCUUGUCAAAUUUGGUAAUUGUUAUGGAUAAUUUGGUGUUAUACGAAUAAACAUUUUUUGGUCCGGCAAAAAUACUCGAAAAUUUAACACGAUAUUCAUCAUAAGAUGUACAUAUUUAAUUAGGGAAAAAAUGGAGUAUAAUAAUAUGUAGUACCUAUCAGUCUUGUAAAAUAUAAUUUUCAAGUGGUAAUUAAAUACAGAUACUAAUACACAUUCAUUUCAAAUGUAUUUAAAUAAUUUUUUUUAUUUUAAUUUAAUAGUUAAUUCAAAUAGGUUUGCAAAAUUAAUUUUGAAAUUUUUAUUUUAAAAAUUCAAUAAUCAACUAAGUGCCUAUAUUAUUAAAACUUUAUGCCACUUACUUUAUUUUAUACUGAAAAAUGAAAAUCAAUAAAAUGUGCUCUAUAGUGUAUAUUAAUUCUAAAAUAAUUUUAUAUGUUGAAUGAAUUAAACUAUCGUUAAUGAAAUAAAAAUUAUACAUUUAUCAUGCCAUAAUAAUUCCCAAAAUGUUUUUUUCAAAGAGUUAAAAAGAAAAUAUUUGUUGUGAGCAUGCGGGUAGUUAUUUUCUAUUUCAUUUGUCACUACACUGUCAGUUUGCGUUUGUCUGACGGGAUAUAAAUUAUAAUUGUAUUAUUUUAUUACUUUAAACAUUAAUUAAAAACACGGAAUUUUCAAUUCUUGAUUUAAGAAAAGUAUUUACAUGGAUGCAUUUGAAAUUCAAAAACAAAUACGUCCAAGAUAGUAUUUAAAAUACUUAAUUCAAAAAGUAUUCCAAAUACUAUACAAGCAGUGACGUAACUAGGGGGGGUUGUGACCCCCCAAAAUAUGUUUGCGAGUUUUUACGAAUUCUAUGUAGUACAUAUUUGUAUGAUUUAUAUACCAAUUUGAAACAUAAUCUAGUAUAAAUAAAUGAUAACUGCUACGGCGUGGUUUUGGUUAUAACUACAUGUCAGGUUACAAAUUACAAGUAUAACAACAACAAUAAUAAUAAUAUUAUUUCAUCAACUCAAUGGUUUAUACUCUAUGUUUAUAACUUAUUACAAACAUGUUCAGCGUUUGGUUUUAUAUUAUCGGCAUAGUAUUAUUAUCAAUAUAUAUAUAUCAGAAUAACCAGGUACUAUAAAUUAUAAGUUAUCAGUUAAAUGUUCCAAUUUAAUUAUUCAUAUUUAAUAUUGUAACUUAUUAAGUUGUAAAUUGUUUAUAAUUAUCAUUACGAAUUAAAAAUUGUAUUUAAAAUGAAGAAAUAAAUAAAAGAAUUUUAUAAUUUUUCAGAAAAUAAAAUGAUUACCAUGGUAUACUAUGACUUACUAUAGCAAAGUAUAUUUUAAUACAUACUUAAUACGAUUCUAAUUGUUUUCCAAUAUGUGUUAUCUAUAAAUGAAAGUUAAAAGAUUUAAAGAUUUUACUCAUAAACCUAACUUUACCCUUACCAUCCCACUUCGCCAAAUUUCAUCCGAAAUUGAAUUUUUUCAAAUUCAUACCUCCCCUCCUAAAAAAACCUGGUUGUGCCACUGCAUACAAGUAUUUAAAUGUGUUUGCCCAAAGACUUUUACUCGAACACCUACCUACCUAGUUUUAAUUGUUUUAAGUUAAAUUUUGACUAAAAUUGUAAACCACGGUAUAUUUAAACACUUUUACCUGAACUUUCUUUAGAAUCGGGAGCGAACUGGGAGAAGUUCGGCAAUACUAUCUAUAUUGGUAUUAUUAAUUUAACUUUAAAUUAAUAUAAAGGUGUGUAACUAUACUAACUAAUAAGAAGUAACAUAAUAAAGAUACCAUACAGUCGAACAAAUUUAACAUUUAUUUAAAUUUGUGUCAUCAAAUAUUUAUGUGAUGAUAAUAAUGUAAAAUAUAAUUAAACAAACUACAGUUAGAUACUUAUUUAAAUACAAUGUAUAAUUUGUUAAUAAUAUUAAUUUUUUUUUUUCAUCAAAUAUUCUUAUUCUCGUGAUAUUGUGUUUCCUAAAGCUUAAUAAUGUUCCUCAAUUUUUUCAAAAUUUUUAGGAGCAUUGUUUUUAGGAAAAAUCGGAGUUUUUCUUUUUAAAAUACAAAUAAUAAUUUUUAAGGUUUUAACAAUUAUCCAAAAAAAAAAAAAAGCUACACUAUUAUUUUUUUCAGAUUAAUUAUUCUAAAUUUUACUACUCAUUUCAGGCCUUUAAAAUUAAAUUAUUUGAUAAUUUUGAUAAAUCAACCCAUUUUAGCCCUUAAAUAUUUGUUUUAGUGGUUGAAAAUAUUUUUAACUUAUUUCCCAAGGAAUAUGUUUGAUUUACAUUAAGUAUAAAAGAUAUUGCUAUGAUAAGUUAUAUAUUAUUGAUAAUAAUGAGAAUAUUAUUUAUGAGCUUUUUAACACUGAGCAAAUUGAUAUAAAAAUAAUAUUGUUUACCAAAAUUUGAUCUGUUUAGUUUAAAAAAAAUAUUAUAUCCUAUCCUACUCAGGGUUAGGAGUAAUUAUAAAUGAUUGUGCUUGUGUUUCUGUUUACUUACACAUAAAUUAAUUGUAUCAGUGUAUAUGUAUAUUAGUGGAUGUUAUAGAUAUAUUUUUAAUGCAAUUUUGGAAAAUUUUAAUUUUUGUCCCUAACCUAAAUAAAUUGCAAUUUACAAUUAUUACCCCUUGAUUUCGGGGAAAAUUUAAGAUAUAAGGAAAUCAUGACAUUGUGUAUGGGGCAAAUAAACAUGAAUAUUUUUCACUUUUUUCAGCCAACUUUUUGUAAAUGAUAACAGAAAAGAUAUAACUUCUUAAAUGCUUCAAUUAAUAUGUUUCAUAGAAGAAAAUAUAUUAAAUAAUACUGUUAUCAAGUUCAAUGGUUAUAAAUUAUUUAUUUUAUCAGUAUAUUAGCUUCAUUUACAAUUAUUCCACCUGAUUCAAUAUAAUGACAAUUAAUUAAAUUUUUUUCCUAUUAAUAUAAAUCGAAAACAAUGUUGCUACAUAUAACAAAUCUUGUAUCAUUUAUUUAAUUUUUAUCAUUUUCAAAUUUUUUUUUUGUAUGCAAUAUUUUUCUUAAAACCAAAAUACUAUUCUCGCCAACAAAAUUAGUAAACUGCUCGUUUAUUUUGAUUAAAAAUUCUGAACAAAAGUGAGGAAUAUUUUAGAGCUUUAGGUGAACACAAUAUCACGAUAAUAUGAAUUUCUAAUAAAAAUGAAAAAAAUUCUGAAACGCACGAAUGAUAUUUUAGUUUUUACGAUUUUUUGAAGUUUUAGCAAAUAUGAAUAUAUGAAUAUGUGAAUAUUACAAUAUUUAAUCAGUUAUUACUGUUAUUAAUCAGGGCACAUGACAAGGUUUUUUUUUCCACGAGUUAAUAUCGUGCUAUAAUAUUAUCAUAUUAUAGAUAUUAGGUAGUAUCAAUCAGUCAAUAAUGGUAAUUCAAAUUUUCAAAAAAUCUAUUUUCAAAAUGGCUAUUUUAAAUUUUUUUUUUUUUAAAUUAUAUUAACUUUUUUAUCUUAAGUCUACCUUCCCCUAAAAGAUUUGUCCAAUCCUUAUGGUACACCCUCUAUACCUAAUAUAUGAACUUAUUAUUUUUUGUUAAUUAAAAAUAUAUUGUAGAUAAUUUUACAACAGUUGUAACUAAAUAUUGGGUUUAUACUGGAAGUAGGCAAUACAUUAAUAAUUAGUAAUAUUUAUUUACCUACUUUAAAUAUUUUUUUGAGUUUACAAUAAUCAUUAACAAAAUUAUUUUUCAUAGAAAAAUUGAUGAAUCGAUUGAUAUUUAGUAGAAGCAAUGAAAACAAUUUAAAUUUUUGUGAACAUUAAAAAAAUAAAAAUAAUCGAUUUUCCAAUAAUAAAAAAAAAUAAUAAUAACAAUUUUGUUGAUGAUUUUUUUUAAAUUUUAAAAUAUUGUUAUAAAAUUAUAUUAUAUUUAUAUAAAAUGGCUAUCUUGUAUUUUGUAAAAACAAUUUUUUAAAUAAUUGUAAUUUUUAGUUUUAAUAAAAGUAAAAAUCACUAUAUAAAAAAAUAGAAUCAUAACGCAAAGCUUAAGUAUCUAAUUAUUAAAAAACAUAAAAAUAUUGAAUACAACACAAAAGUUAUUGCGUUCGGUCAGAUCUCUGUGGGACAGUCAGUACAAUAAUGGUUGACACUUACCUACAAUUUGGUAAUGGUAAAGUACAAAAUAUUCCUUUGUUUCUGAAUCAUUCAGAUUAGGUACUUUUAUCAGUUAAGUAUUAGUAUUAUUAUUAACUCUUGACUGUUCAUUUAGUCAAAAAUAAUUACUAUUUUAACCCGUGUAACUGACAAUUAAUUUUUGACAUUCAAUUAUAUAUCCAAGGCGAUAUAUAUAUAUAUAUAUAUAUAUAAUUAUUCAUCUAUAAUUUAUGUUUGUACUAAAUUACUUUUAUUAAAAAUAUGUUUAAAGUCAAUCAAGAAAUAUUUGCAAUUAUUCUUAAAAACAAUAAUUAUAUAGGUCUAGUAACAAUUUAUUAUUAUUAUUUUUUUUUUUUUUUAAAUUACCUCAAGUCUAAUAAAUUCAUUUUCUGUUUCAUUCAAACGAUAUCAAGAGCUUUCGUAUUUCAAAUUCUUAUAACUCCUUAAGAGACAUUUGUAUACGUUUAUAAAAAUCUAAACAAUUGUAUAUUACCAUGGGUGAAUCAAAAUCAAAUGCCCCUAAUAAUACUAUUUUUUCGGUCCAAAUUUUAAAUUAUAAAAAUAAUUGGGUUUUGUAAACAUUCUUAAGAUUUAUAUUUUAAUGUUUUGAUAAUGACCACCAACAUAAUUAUACAGAUAUUUAUACUUUUUCUAUACUGGAUGUCAUAUUUUCCUUAUAUGUUCAAAAAUCGAAUACGUAAUAUUUAAAUGAAUUAACAAUGGAAAAUCAACGACAUGAUGAGCUUAUUCGAAUAUUUUGUAUACUGUUUGAAUUUAAAACGAAUACGUUCCAAUUUAAACAAAGUAUAGGUACAACGUAAAACCUACAUAGUAUCUACAUAGGUUUGCAAAUGUUGUAAUACAUUUUUGUCAGGACCGAGUGUUAUCACCAAAGUAAAUCACUUAUGAAUAGCUAGUAUGUGUAUCAGAUUCCAGAAUACUAUGAUUUUCCCAACGAUUAUCAAGAUUUCCUAAAGAUUACCAAAAAUUUCCUGUAAGGUUACCAAACAUUUGUACAUAUUUUCCCGUUAAUGAUUUGCGCUCUGGUUAUCACUGUCAUAAUAUUAACUAUCACUAUUGUUGGGAAUUAUCGAUAUUUGUGUUAUAUUUUAAACAAUGUGCGAGCGUGCUAAUUUCCCGGUUUUUAAAUGUAUUUUGUACAGUUAAUUGUACCAUUUUGAAAGAAUUUGGUAACCUCAUGCAUAUAUGCCCAAAUCAUUUUAAUAUUUUAAUUUUUAAAUAAUUCUAAUUGUAUUUUUAAAAUUCUUACGAAAAUUAUAUUUUGGUACUACUGUAUUUGGUUGUUUUACAAUGAUGUCAUUUUAUUUUUUUGCGCUGCUUAUAAAAUUUUCGCCAUAAAUCUCGCUCCGAGUGUAGGACAUUUUCUGAGAAAAUUUUAUCUAGUUAAUACUUUAGGGCUGUAAUUUUUUUAAGAGGUUUUCAUAAUUAUUGGGGAAGGGGGGGAAUAAAAACUGAUAAAUUAAUUAAAACUAUUACUUAAAUAGAAAAGAACAAGAAACCUUUUAGUUGCAUUUUUAAUGUAGUUGAUGAGUAAGAAUGAGUAAGAUGAGUAUGUAAGUCGUUUUCUGUGGCUUUUUUUUUUUUUCUAAAUAAUUGAGCAAAACCGAACAAGUUUAGAAAUAACUUGGAAAUUUGGCGGAGGGGGAAUUUAUGAAAAUAAUGAUGUAUCAUUUUCAAUUUUGUUUUUUGUUUAAUUCAAUUAAAUUGUUUGCAAAGACUAAGAAAUUUGGUACAAAACUAUUAUAUUCGCCUUUUUUUUAGACGUAAUAACAUUUUCAUAACUAGUGCUAUUUAUAAACAUUUUAAUUUUGAGAGUUUUGUACGUAAUUUUUAUUCGGUACUCAGUAUACUCAGUGGUUAAAAUUGUUAGACUAAACAGAAAUACUUGAAAAUUCAACACCACGUUUAUUAUAAGUUUUACUUUAUAACUAAAAAAAAAAAAAAUUGAGUAAUGUAGUAUUAUUAUUUUUUUUUUAUAUGAAUUUUAAUAUCAAAUUUUUACGAAAAUCGUACGGCCUAAACGUAAAAUUACGGCCUUUCAAAAUGAGUUUAACGGAACUUCUCUUCGAAUCAUUGUCGUUAGCAAAUUGUUUAUUGUUACUUACGAAUAAACAUAAAUUAAACAACCAAAUGUAUCUAUCUUCCCAACUUCCAAGUGGUAAGUCAUGUAAAUUUUGCUCCAAUCUAAAAAUGUCAAUAUACCUUGUUAUUUAAUUUUUAAUCCAGUCGGUGAUUGUGAAAGUCAUUUUUUAAUUUUCCAAGCAAAACAAAAUUCUUUGGCUGAUUAGAAAUGCUUGGUCAUAUUACCCUAGAUUCAUCAUAAAGAAGAAAUUGUACUUCGUAGUAAAAUAAAAUAUGAUAUCGACCAUAAUGUAGUGAUUUUUUAUAAGAUCUUUUAAUCGAACUACGCUCAGAAUCGUAUUUCGUUGGCUUUAAAAUAUCACUUAAGGUAAUUUUAUUUCUUUUAUAACAUUAUUUGUUGUUAUCUUUAUUUUUAAUGGUAAACAACUACCUAAUUUUAAUUUUCAAAUGAUAACCUAUAUUUAUUUAUUUAUUUAUUAAUUAUAAAAUACGGGACAAGUCCAGUUUACAUUGAGUGUUCUUAUAGGUAUCUAACAUAUAUUUUAUUUAUAAUAGACCUAUGGAUUGUUAGUGAUAAUUUAACAUUUAACUCUAUUACUAUUAUUAUAUCUAUGACUAUUACUAUUUCUAAAUCGCUUAGCAUUUUUCUGUUUGUGUUUUAUAAUUAAAUGGAUGCGUCAUUGUUUACAGUUCUCAUUAGACCAUUUAGGGGGGGAGUAUUGAAGGAAACUAGUAGAAGAGUUGGGAAUAUGACAUGGAUCAUGAAAGCGGGUUCGACGAUGUGGGACUUUAAAAUUGACGAAGGAUAGAUGAUCGGGUGAAUCUAUUUUGCCAAUAAGGAGAUUUGAAAGGAGCGAAAUGUUAAUUUAUAUAAUAUUAAAUUAAAUAAAUAUUAAACUAUAUUAAGCUUUUAUAAAUAGAUGAAUAAUUAGUUUUUUAAUUCAAUGUUUAUUUUCCGUCAACUCAUUGGCGAUACAGUCCACUUUUAACUUCGCCUGAGGAAUAGUGGUGCAUCAUUUGUGUGGUGGUAUGAUCCGCGGCAUUUUAAUAGUAUUCCACCACUCUCCUAUACUCAAACUUAACACAUUGACGGACAUUUGUAAUAUAAUUUUUAUUGUUAUAUUAGUAAUACUAUACCUACAUCCAAAAUCUAUGCAAAUUGUCAGUGUGGACUUCUACAUUACAAUCCUCUGUCUUCUAUAAUUUGAUACCUUUAAAAAGAUUACUGCUCCAGCAGUAUUGGCGUAACAUGAAAUUUUACAUAUUAUUGCUAUAGCAGUUAAAAAAUAAGCUUAAUGUAGCAUUUUAGAGCUACUUAUUUCUUACAUGAUCUCGAAAAUCAAUCCUGAAAAAAGUAAUAAUUAUCUUGUAAAACAUUAUGAAUACAUUCAAAACAGUCAAUUAUUCAUAGUCUACUAAAAGCUCACUACUACGCGCUAAUGAGCGUUGUGGGGCCACGGCCUCUCCCUAUAUUAUUUUGUUUCAAGUGUUUUUCAAGUUUAUACUUAAGAACAAAUUUAGGACUCUGUCACUGAAUAUAGCUAACUCAAACACAUCAGUUAACCAUUUUAUUAUUAUAUGAAUUUAGUAAUACACUGCUGAUUUGGACAUAUAUUUAUAGUACCUACAUUUAAGUUAGUUACAUUUACGUGAGAAACGUCUGUUAAUGAAUGAGUGAGAGUAUGUAAUCUGCAUAACAUGCGUCCUCUCGUUAUUAUGAUCACAGAGAUCAUAAUAAUGUUAUCACAACAUAGGAUCAACAAAAUACAAUUUUCAGUUUUCUAUUUUUGUCUCUUAUAAUAAAAUGUAACUAAUUUUUGUUAUUUUUAAUGUAUUACAGAGAACGCGUAAAGAAAAGAAAACAUAUUCUGAAGAUUGGACUUGUGGAGAAGAGGAAGAUAUUGAAGGUGUCCGAUCUUUUAGUGUCCAAGAAAAACUUGAUUCACCAAAAUAUUUACAUGUUAACUAUGUCACACAAAUGGAUGGAAAAGGUAUGGAAUUAGGGCCAUAUAUAUAUAUAUAUAAAUAUACCUAUAUAGGUAUAUUUUUUUAUAUCAUAUCUCUGUUUGCAAUUUUUAAAGCUUUAUUUAUAUUUUUAGACUUUUCAAUCUCUCAUAUACAAAGUCACGGAUUUACAUCACCUUUAUUAUUUAAGGAUAAGGCUGGGCUUGGUUUACAUGUUCCCAGUCAUAAUUUUUCUGUAAAUGAUGUUCGUACAUGUGUUGGUAAGUAAUUAAUCAUUAUUAAUAUUACACAGUUAUUUAAUAUCUAUAUUUUACAAUUGUAUUAAUUGCAAUAAAAUAAUAUUAUGUUAGUUUAUAAAUUUAUAAUAAGAUUGGAUUUUAAUACAUUUAUAUUUGUCAUAAAGAUUAUUUAUUUAAUUUAGAUAUCUAUGUACUAACAAAUUUGUAUUUGUUAGUUAUUAUUGUUAUUAAACUAUUUAGUAGUACUUACCUAUCUGCUUUGUUAAAUUUAUAUACAGGAUGAUUCACCAAGCGUGCUCACUUCAUUGUUUUGGUUAAAUUUUGAGUAUAUUCAAAUUCUUGUUUUUGGAACUUAUAGGUGUAGUUAAAGCCAAUAUAUUUAAAUUAGAUUUUUUACAACAUUUAAGGAUCCUUUGGUAGUAUCAACUUUUGUUUUUUUAAAUGAGAACUAAUAUUAGAACUUCCAUAAAUAGAUGGAGUAUUACUUUAAAUAAAUAUUGGUACCAAAGCCUUGGCAACAAAAGAAAAAAUAUGACUAUAAUAUUACUCCAGUCAGAAUUUUUUUUUUCCCCAACAAUUUAUUGCUACAUACUAUGUUAUAUUAUAAACUAAAUUACCAUACAUAUGCUACUUUCCCAAUUACCCACCUAUUAAAGUAUCUAUGAUCCUGCCAGUAAUCAAUAUCUACUUUUUUUUUCUUUCAAAUUUGUAUCAUGAAUUUGAACUUUAAACAUUCAUAAAAACAAUUUUAACUACAGAUUUUUAAUAUUAUUCUGUGGUUUUUUGGAUAUUUAAAUAUUUUAUUUACAUUACGAACGGUAGUUGUGAAUUUUCAAUAUUUGUACUUAUUAUAUUAUUUAUUAAGGUUCAAGAAGAAUGUUAGAUGUAAUGGAUGUUAAUACACAAAAAAAUUUCGAAAUGACAAUGAAAGAGUGGACAAAGUAUUACGAAGAUAAAGAGAAAGACAAAUUAUUAAAUGUUAUUUCACUUGAGUUUAGUCAUACUAAACUAGAAAAUUAUAUAAAGCGUCCAAACAUUGUACGUAUUGUUUUUCUGAUAUAAUUAGUUAAUCUAGAAGUUAUUCCAUAAUAUAAUUUAUAUGUAAAUAUAUAUUUAUAUUUUUGUUUUUACACAUAGGUUCGGGAAUUGGAUUGGGUUGAUUGUGUUUGGCCAAAACAUUUAAAAGAGAGUCAAACUGAAUCGACAAAUGUGAUAGAUGAUAUGAUGUAUCCUAAAGUUCAGAAAUAUUGUUUAAUGUCUGUUAAAGGUUGUUACACUGAUUUUCAUAUUGAUUUUGGUGGUACAUCUGUGUGGUACCAUAUAUUAACAGGAAGCAAGGUAGAGAAAUUUUAUUUUUAAUUCAUCCGGUUAUAUUUCAAAGGACAUUUUUACUUAGGUGUUUUGGUUAAUACCUCCAUCUGAAGAAAACAUCAAAUUCUACGAAAAAUGGGUAUUGUCUGGAAAACAGGGGGACAUAUUUUUUGGAGAUACUGUUAAACAAUGUGGUCGUGUAUCGUUAACUGCUGGAGAUACAUUUUUUAUACCUACUGGAUGGAUUCAUGCUGUGUACACUCCUAUGGACUCUUUGGUAUUUGGAGGAAAUUUUUUACAUUCAUUUGGUAUUCAAAAACAACUUCGUAUAGCAGAAGUUGAGGAAGCACUUAAGGUCAGUAUAACUUCCCAUGAAUCAUACAAUCAUUUGUUAAUCAAAGCUAAAUUUUAAAAUUUUAGGUUCCUCAAAAAUUUAGGUACCCGUUUUUUACUGAAAUGUUAUGGUAUGCUUUGGAACGUUAUGUGUACUGUGAUUCGGGUAAAUCUCAUUUAACAGAAGGUUUUGAAGACCGUCCAAAACCAAUUGAACAUUUACAUUUUACUAAACAGGUAAAUUUUGAGUAAUGAAGUAUACAAUGAAAAUAUUUAACAUAUAUUCACGUUGUUUUCUUUUUCAAAUUUAUGUAGGAGCUUCAUGGAAUAAAAGCAAUGGUGACUUACUUACACAAUUUGCCAUCACAUAAAAAGAAUGUUCCUCCUCUGAUUAAAAGUGCUAUUGACUUAAUACGAGAUGUUGCUUUUGUGAUUAGUAAACAUAAAAAUGAUAAACCUGAAGACGCUAUUACUGGAAUACCAAUUCUACAAAUCCAAGGCGAUAAAGUAUGUUGUAUCUUAUAAAUAAUAUGAAUACACGAGUGAAAAUUAUUUUAUCUAUUAUUUUUAAAGGAAAGGGAACGGAGAUUUUAUAAAUCUGCUGGUGAUAUGAAUGCCAAAAUAAAGACAUCACGGAAAACAGGAAAUGGAGGCCCUACUGGCAGUACGCCAAGAAGAAGACGUACAAGAUGUAAGAAAUGUGAAGCUUGCAAACAAGCAGAUUGUGGACAAUGUUCAUUCUGUAAAGAUAUGGUUAAGUUCGGUGGACCUGGUCGCGCAAAACAAACAUGUGUCAUGCGGCAAUGUUUACAGGUAUAUAUUUAUUAUUUGUUAUUGAGGAUAAAUACAAAUUAAUAAAUUUAUUUUUAUUACUUUUUAGCCAAUGUUGCCAAUCACUGCAGCCUGUGGUAUUUGUUCACUAGAUGGUUGGGGUCAACAAAUUGUUUUACCUCCUCAAAAAACUGCUAAAGAUACUCCUAGCAACCUCAUGGAGUGUAGUGUGUGCUUUGAAAUUGUCCAUCCUAAUUGUUUAUUACAGCAAGUAUGUACCGAGUAAUGUGAUGAAAUUUAUUUUAUUGUAAUACAAAUCUAUAUUCAUUUAAUUUUAAUAAGUACAAACUGGUAGCCCAUUGGUUACAUUACAAAUAAACAAUUUAUAAAUAUUAGCAUAAUCUAUAAACAAUAUAACAUAAAUAAUAUAAACAGCAAUACGAAAAUAUAUAAUAAUUAUUAGGGCUCUGAAGUUAUAGGUGCUAAUAAAGGAGAAAUAUGUACGAAAAAAUUUAACUGCAUGAAAAAAUUUUAAAUACACAAAAAAAGAUAAAAAUUAAAUGUGAUUUGCACUGUUGUUGUUAAAUUAACAAUAGACUAAAACAAUCUACUUCUAAUGUAUUCUUUUUUUUUGCUGUGAUGGAGACUAACUCAAACAUUGGGGAGGGGGGGGUGGUUUUUUAACUGCGGUCAAAUUGUGUAUUACUACAAAAUAAUAUUGAGCAAUUAUUUUUUAUUAUCAAUAGGUUCAUUUAUUUUAUUUAAUAUAUUUAUUUAAUUGGUGUUGUUUUCAUCCCACCUAAUCUGAUAUUUAUGUUUAUAAUUUUCAUACAGAUACUGUAAAUAAUUUAUUAACUAAAUAUUAUUAUUCUAAAAUUAUUAUAUUAGGUGAUCAUAACCUUUCUUGUUUACAAUGGUCAGUUGUCAACAGUUUAAUUGUCCCACACUCGCAUAAUUUUAGUGAUUUAGAAACUACCUUUUCUAAAUGUAUUAGCAAAUUUUUCAUUUAAUCUACAGCUAUUUAAUGUACCAAAAAAAUCAUUAAAAUUCUAUACUUUAAUUAAUUUUAUCUUUUAAUUCAACUAAUAUUGUAGUUUUGUGUAAAAGUAUCACUUUGUUACUGAUUGAUUAUUUUUAUUAUCCAGCUUUAAUUGUUACGUUUACUAUUAUAUUAAAUUAGUCAUUAUGAUAAAUUUGCAUAUGAUUUUUCAUGUUGUAAUUUUAAUACAGUAAAACCUUAUUAAGAAGGAAUUGCUUGGGGCUGUACAAUUUCUCAGUGUCAAAUUGGGUUUGCAUCUUGAUGGGGUUCAAAAAAAAAAAUAAAUAAAUAAACAAUAACAUUUAUAUGUACAAUUUUAAAUUAUCAUGUAACUAUUCUGUGUCGAGUGGAGUAAUUUAUUAUUGUGAUUAAAAAAUAUUGUUUUCAGGCUACAUUUUCUAACGUGGGUUCGUAUAAUGAAGAUUUACCAAAUAGCUGGGAAUGUCCUAAAUGUUGUAAAGAAGGAAAAAAUUUGGAAAGCAAGGUAAAUUUAAAUAAUUAUAUGAAAUUAUGUUUUUAUUAAAAUUAAUCUAAAUUGUAUUUAUGUUAAUUUAGCCUCGUCAUUUCCGUGCUAGACAAAAGUCUUCUGACAUUCGCCGGACAUCUGUUAGUAGCAAUGACGCAAAUCCACAAAAAAGGUCCAAAGUAAGGAUAAUACAUUACCUAUUUUAACUGACUAUUAUUACUGAAAUUUAUUAUUAUUAUUUUUAAUUUUAGGAAGAUGAUGAUGACUCCUCUGAUACUGAUUCUGAAAGUGACGUGGACAAUAGUGCUCCCAAUAAAAGACUGAAAGUUGAAAAGAAGGAAAAUGUAGCUGCAGAACGUUCACCAACUUUACCUUCAACGGUAAAUAUAUAAAUUUAUUAUUUUUCUUAUUUAUCCAGCUUGUACGAUAUUGGUUGGUUAUUAAUGCUUGCACUUAACUUUUGUAAAAAAAAAAAAAUAAAUAACAACACUAAAAAAAAAAAAUGUAUAAUAGCCAUCAAAAGUUUGAUUGUUUAAAACCAUUAAGAUUUAUUAUUAAAAACUAUAAUUAUACUAAUUAUAAAAUAAAAAUAUUGAAACAUACAAUUUUCUUUUUCUUCUACCUUGCCCUCUAUUCCCUAUUAUUAUUCAGGUUCAGUGGUUCUGGGUUCUUAAAAAAAUGAUGAUUCAAAUCAUCAUAGUUUAGAACACACCUAAUAACCAAUAGGUAAUACCCUAUAAUAAUAUAUAAGAAACGGAAAUCAAUUCAAUUAUUUUAGUACAAUACAAUUAUAUUUCUAUUAAAUUAUAUACUUACCAUUCAGGACCAGCACCCAUUCAUUCAAAUCGAGUGGUGCAUUUCAACCACUUAAAGUAUGUACCACUGUAUGUCUGUGCCACUGUUCAGAUUUGAGAUCUAUGUGUUUAAAAAUUAUGUUUUAACCUUAUUUAUUUAAAAACAUUGACUAGUUAGUAAAUUAUUAUUCAAACAACAUUUAAAAAUUAAAUUUCAAAUGUUUAUAGGACAUUUUAAAUCUAUGAAAAUUGGAUUAUAUUUGUAACAAAAACUAUUAAUUUCAGUCUAUUUAGACUGAAUACAAUGAGUUAUCAUUAUGGAGUGUAUCUGUUCCAUAUAUGACAUUUUUUUUUUUAUCAUUGCACAUUUUAGAUUAAAUUUUGGAUACUACAACCUUAAAUUCGAGAACAAAUGGUAUGGAAAAUAAAUAAAUACACUGUAUCUAAUUCCCUUGUUAAAAUAUUUAAAUAUUUUAAGCGUAUGCAUUAUCAACUAUAUUGUGUUAUUGUCCAUUUUGUGAAAUGGGACCGCUGUUUACCACUUAGCGUAAUUACACAAUAUGGAUAACAUUUGAAAAUAGACACUUAAAUUCUAUACAAUAGAACUUGUUCUAUCGUUUGGAUAUCCAUAUAAUGAAACAAUAAACUAUACUUUUUUUUAACAAAUUUUCACAAAUACAUUAUUAUUAUUAUUACUACUACUAGAACUUAGGACCGAUUACACUUAAAAACGGGAAAGGUGAAACUAAAAUAUUUAAAAAAGCAAAUCUGGUUAAAAAGUUUAAAAGUCUUCCUCUAAUUACUUAUUAAAUAUAAUUUUUGUAGUGUCAACACAUUGUGUUAAAUAUUAGUUACUAGUUAAAAUCGUUAGAGAGGAACUUUUAAACCCCUUUACAAGUUUUGCUUUUUUCAGGUCUUCUUUGACAUUUUUAAGCGUUUGUUGUAGGUAUUAAGAAGUUCUAAGCCUUAUGUAUUACUAAGAAUACAAUUUUUAAGAUCUUGCUACUUCUUAUAAUCAUUCUUUAUUUAAACAAGUCUGUGGAUUUAUGGUGUCAAAAAUUACGAAAAAAAAAGAUAUGUUCAUGCUUAAUUUUCUUAUUUCUAAUAGCGAAGAUAUUCAAAGCUUUUUGGUUAUAUUUAUGACAAAAAAAAUUGUUUAAUUCGAUUAGACAAAAUCUCUAAUCAUGUAUUAAUUUUGUGUUAGAGUUGUGUGGUUUUUCCUAGGUUUAUCAAGAUAGUAUAAAUCGGUCUUUAUAAGACUCAUAAAAACAACCCACUAUAUAUUCCAUAUUUUGUUUAAUAUUUUAAUAAUUAUAGAUUUUCAAUUUUUUCAAAUUGUGGAAAAUGAAAUUUGUUAAAAAAAAAAAAAAAUAGUUUGUUAUUGUUUUACUCUAUAGACAUCCAAAUGACAGAAUAAGUUCCAUUUAUAAUUUAGAUAUCCAUUUCACGAAAUGUUUUUCAUAUUGUAUAAUUAUGCAAAAUGGUUCCAUAGUUCCAAAAUUUCACCACUCCAAAAUUAGGUACCAAAAAUAAUAUAAACAUAAAAUUGUAGAGCUGCUUGUUUCUAAAAUUUUCUAUAAAACAGAUUCCAAAAAAAGUGAAUACUUUCCGAGAUAAUUAGUGUUGAACUGUUGAAUGAUAAAUUUCAAAAACUAAUGGUUCGAAAAAUAGCAUGUUAUAAAGUAAUGAUUUUUUUUAUAAUUAAUAUUAACAGUAUUUUUUACGGUGACCAUAGAUACCCAUUAAAUAUUUAUUUUAAAAUUGCUUUUGUAAUUAAUUGAUGAUAUUUCUGAUAAAUCAUUAUGAUUUUACUUGAAUUUCGUUUAAUUACAUUUGGAUUUAUUUUAUAUGUAAUUUGAUUACCAUUUAAAAUGUGCAUGAAUCAUUAUGCUUGUUUUGUAUUUUAUUUUUUUAUUUUGUAUUUGGUUAUUUUAUGCGGAUAAAAUCGUUUGACCAAAUUUAUUAUGGCUUUAGUUAUACAUUUUACUUAGAACUAAAACAAAAAAUUAAGCCUUAUGUAAUCAUUUUUUUUAUACAUAUAAACAUGUUUUAAAUUUAAUUUUUGACGCAAUUAAUACAAAUUGGGGUAUUUCAAAAACCUGUUUUACCGAACCUCAUCCUGAAUCAUAUUUCAUCGGCAAUGAAAACAGAUAAAUAAAUUAAAUAACUAAUAAAUAUGCAUCCUACCUUAUCAACUUCAUGCCUACAUUAGUGCCCAUCAAGUAAUUAAAUUAUUAGCCUUCAUAUUUUCUUUAAAAAUACAUAUUUAUUAUUUAAGUUAGUAAAAUUUGAAAGUAUUUGAAAGUGAAUAAAUGCAUACAAAUAGAUAUUAUAUAUUUCAUAAUUUUUCACAGUAAAAGUGCUGAUAAUUGUUAUCCCACAAUUUACAACUGUAUAGAUAACAAUAUAAUAUGAAUAGUUUUUAUUAUUUAUAUUUUUGAAAAAUUCAAUAUUAGCAAGAAGGCAAUUUCAAAAACUGAAGUAUAGGUCUAUUAUCACACGUUUAUUCAUUUGUAUCUAGUGUAAACGUGCUUUUAACGUAUUCUACUUUAAAUAUUAUACAAUUACUGGCAUUAUAUUAUUGUUAUAUAUCUAAGGCGUGUUAAACUAUAUAAAUUAUAUUUUUUGACUUUUUUGAGGUGUCAUAUAACUCCUCUGAUCAAUUUGAUUCGGCUCUUAUUAUAUUUAAUACAUUAUUUGCACAUAUCUUCAAUCAAAUUAUAUUAUUUGAUAUUGUGUUCAAGACCAUUAAGUAUCACCUAAGAGCACAUAACAUGCAGAAUUCAAGCAAUUUAUGUCAAUUAGUCUUCAAUCAAUAAUGAUUAUUGUACUUCACAGAGUAUAUAAAACUAUCCAAAUACUAUUACUUUAAAUAUGUUGUUUAAAUAAAAACUAUGCUCUCAUCACUCGUUUUGUUAUAAAUGACUACCUAGCAGCUGCUAUUAAAUUUAAUAUUUUAUAUUGUGUAUUUUAUUUUAUUAAUUUUUUGAAGUUAUUCAAACAAUUAUUUAUUUUUGUAAAAAGUAUUUGAAUCAACUUUUUUUUUCCUAACAAUAAAAACGAUAAGAAUAUGUGCUUAUAUACAUGUUUGCGUGAAUAUCACGUCGGAAGAAACUACCUAGUGGUAAUAUUACCCUUUAAACAAAGAAUAAUAAUAAUAAUAAUUUAAAAAAAAAAAAAAAAAAAAAAACCAAUUACGAAAAGACUUAUAAUUAAAUUAUAAUAUUACUAGAAACUACUUCUAAAUUAUAUGAGAUAUAAAAUCAGUAACUGUGUAUUGUUACCGACUCUUAAACCCUAACCUUAACUCUUCUUACAGUGUCUACACUUUAAUAUUACUUAUGAAAACAUUAUAAUUUUGUGUGAUUUUUGGUUUCAAAUUUUUUCACUCGCCUAAUAAUUUAUACACUAACAAAAACCCCAGAGCUUCUUUAUUAACAGCAUUGGUUUGUAAUGUGAAUUUUUUUUUUUAUACCUAAAUCGGCAUUAUUAUGUGCAUACAAAACGAAAAAAAAAACACUAUUUGAAUGUUGUUUUCCGGUUACCUAAAUAAAUGCAAAAAUCAUAUUUGUUAUGCUAUCCAAUUACUGUUUGGUUUAUUUGCACGGAAAAACUGUAUUUAUAGUCAAUUUUUUGAUGUAUAUUUUUUUUAAACCCGGUUUGAUUUUGUAUUCAAUCAAAGUCAGAAAACGAAUCGGUAAGUUUGCUUGGAUUACUAUAUAUAUAUAUAUCAGUCAUUCAUCUAUGAACAAUGAAUGGUUUUUUUUGUUAUAAGAUAAUGAUUUAUUAUCGAAGUUUUGUGCGUUAAUGAUAAACAUCGUGCUUUUUAAAACCAGCGUUUUAGUGCUACAGUUUAAAUGCUACUAUACAGGAGGUAUUGUUGUACGUUGACUUGUGUUUUUGACUUUUGUGAUUUUUUCGCCUUCAAAUAUUUACAAAUAAAGAACAAAAAAAACACUUUCGGACGAUUUUAGUUUUCCCAAAUAAUUAAUUUUUUCUUGAAGGUCGCGUGUUAGUUCAUUAAAUAAAUAACAAAAACAAAAUGCAUUCCCCCCUCCCCCCCAUUCAAUUUUGGCAUAUUAUCGCGUUUUAUUGUUUGAUAUUAUUCGACCACCAUUUCCGCGUGCACAGAGUCCACCUCCUCCAACAGACGUUUGUCGCGUGCCCAGCAUCCUGGGAGGCGACAUUCUCCUCUUUUACAUACAUUAUUAUUACAAGUAUACUAUAAAUACUAUAUCCAUGAGAAUCGAAUCCAGUUAAAGAUGUUUUUUUUCUAAAAUAAACACAACCAUUCGUUUGGUAUUUUUUUUUAUAGAAAUGGACGGAAGAUCAUUCUAUGAAAAUGUUAAAUCGUUCUGUCAAUGUCGAGGAGGCUCACAUGUCAACGUACAACAACACCGCCGUCACCACUUCCGUCGCGUUAUCGUCCGCCGCGGAGACUCCGUCGCGCAAAUCCGAUUUACGCAAGCAGCUCACUAGCCAAAUGGCGGGCGGCUCGGGCAAACAUUGCAACGUGCUGAAAAAACAGUCGUACGUGUCGAAACCGACCAAGGGCGGCGGACAAAAGUCGCAAGGCGGCGGUCAGUCACAAGGCGGCGCCACGGUUAACGGCCACCAUCAUCACCACCACUCGAGCAAUGACGAAUACUACAACAUGCCGAAUUGUAUGAUCUCCGUGUUCAAAUACUUGCCCCAGGCCGACUUGGCUCGGUGCGCGCGGGUGUGUAAGGUUUGGAACAAAAUGUCUUCCGAUUCAUCGCUGUGGCUCCGGCUGGACGUGACUGGCAAACGGAUGACGGCCACGUGCUUGAACGGCGUGUUCAAGCGGCAGCCUGAGGUGCUGCUGAUGAACUGGACGGCGAUCGCCAAACGGCAGUUGGAGUGGCUGAUACCAAAACUGUGCCGGCUCCGUAUACUGUCCCUGCAAGGCUGCUCAUGGAGCGGCGUGACGGCGUUGCGCAGUUGCCCGUCGGUGCCGCCUUGCCUCACGUCACUCGACCUGAGCUACGUGACCGGCAUGAGCGACGCGUCGUUGCGCGACGUCCUGGCGUCAAUGGCCGACUCGUCGCGGUCGUCGUCCAACGACACUACCAACCGUUCCCGGUUCCGGAAUCUCAACACUCUGAAACUGGCGGGAGUUGAUCUCGGCGACGUGUCGCUCCGGUACAUCGUCCAGUACGCCCCCAACCUGAUCGAGUUGGACCUGGCCCAAAACUACAAGAUCACGGAUGCCGGCAUUGCGCAGCUGACCACGCCCGACGGGAACGUUGUGUCUACGCUCCAAGUGCUCGACCUGUCCGGUUGCAUGGCCAUAACCGACGCGUCACUCGACCACCUGCUCAAGUGUUCGGCCCUCCGCCGGUUGGACAUGAAACAAACGCCCAAAGUCACCAAUUCGGGCAUCGACAAGUUCCUGAAGGCCAACGAUCGGUUCUCGGCCACUGAAACCCGACUGCUCAUCAAGUCGCUGCCGCCCAAAAACACGGUCACUAAGGCCAGACGCGAUUCUACGAGUAGCAGCAAUUAGCACCUAUGAUUAAUAAAGAGCCGUAUACAGUAUAUACAUACACACGUGUAUAUACGUAUGUAUACACAUUGUAACAUUUGCAUCAGUUAUUCCUAUUUCGUAUAUACCAGCAUAUCUCGCGAUCGUCGAACACGCGGAAAGACAGUGUACUUUCCUGAGUAUUAAGCGCGUUCGCAAGAGUUCACCUUGCGGAACUUUGCGCCCUACCGUUAGAAUUUAUGUUGUUUCGACCUAUAUUCGUAUUGUCGGUUUUUUUUUUUAAAUUUCUUUUGUAAUCCGCAAUUUAACGGGGUUGUGUGUUUUUUUUUUUUUUUUAAAAAUUCAUUUGAUAAUUAUUUUGUGUGUGCGUGUGCGUGUGCUGCAUGUAUUGCUGUAGGGCACAACGGGCAGAGCAGUUGUGCGAAACUCGUAAGGACAAAAACAUAAUAACGCCGAUGUAUGUUUUUUUUUACGCGUUUCCCACUGUGUUUAAAAAUUGUAAAAUAUUGCUUCGUGUGUGUGUGUGUGUGUGUGUGUGUGUGUGUGUGUCGUGUGACCCUCGGCCCUUUGACCGUCUCGUUCGCGACAAUCGAUCAAAAAUAAGCGAACGUCGGAUUUCUCGGGCGCGCUCGCUUUUAUAUUCCGUUGAUGUUGUUAGACGCGAUCGGGCCGAAAUUAUUCCGUUGAUAUUAUUAGACGCGAUCGGGCCGAAAACGGAGACGGCCCUUGUUCUCUUCCGGGAACAACUGUUUACGUUUCGCAUUUAUUGUGAUUGGGCCGUCCGCGGCCGCAUGUAAGUUGGUCGUGCCCGGCGACGUCGUCUACCCGGGUCCCGAGAACACAGCUGUACAUUGUUAUGUCAUUUAGGUGUGCGUGUACAAUUUGUAUUGUUAUCAUAAAUGUAUAUUUCACUGACGAGACUGUCAACGACGAUUGUUGCGUUUUGCUACCUACCUUCGUGAUUUGCGCUACCCCAUUUCCCCCCCCCCGACCCCAUCCACCCAUCCAACCCACUCUCCCAUCCCCGCGAUUCUUUUCUCUCACCGAUACAUCAUCAAAAAUUUACUCUUAUUUGUAUCAUUAUUUAAAUACUAUACUACUCGUAAAAUAAAUUAAAAAUAUAAGAUAAAGACUGAAAUUUUGUUUGUAUUAUCCUUAGUUUUAUAUUUGAAUGUAUUGAUAAUAAUAUUUAAACCGAUAAACUAUAUACGCUAUUACGCAAUCAAACGGUUUUUUUUUUUUUUUUUUACGAAAGUUCUCAACAACAAACACAAAUAAAAUUCUCCGUAUGUAAUAAGAUUGGUGUUCUUUUUUUUAUUUAUAUAUUUAUAUAUAUAUAUACAUAUACAUAUUUUACUUAUUUGACUGUUUCCUUUAUUUGAUUAUUAUUAUUAUUAUUAUUAUUAUUAUUAUUAAUUUUUUUUUUUUUGUGUUUUAUUUUUUAAUAAAUUAUUAUCAAUACGUGUACUCGAACUAUGCCGGAAAUUUUUAUUACGCCGUCUCUCAUUCCCACGUCGCUCACGUCACACGUCCACGUCCAAUCGAUAUCCCGAACAUCCCAAUACGGUGUUCGAACGUUGUAGACUGUCCGUAGUCAGUAGUUAAUUACGACGAUUAAAAUACAGAAAAAAAACAAAAACCAUCGUAAAACGUUCAAUCGGAAUUUGAACGUGUGCGUACGGUGUACGUAAUUAUUUGUGGGUGUACGUAACCGCGCGGGGUGUAUAACACGUCGGACUGCGGGCAACGUCGAACCGACCGUAGGCUGUCUAAUGUUUUUGACGAUCACCUCGUGUGCAUUGUCGUCCCACAACGGCGCGUUCGGCUCUCGGGAAACCGAUGAGAUUCCGUCGGGAUUCGGUAGUAGCCCCGGCGCAUUUUUCGGCGAUCCGACCGGCAUUAUUUUACGUCGCCCGCCCGAAUGCGCGCGCAGCGGACAAAUCUGACGGCGCAGUAGGCGGUAUGGCGAUAACAACACCGGCGCAAAAAGAAAUCAAAAAAGUGCAGGGGAUUUCGGUCGGCGGUGUCUCCGAUUUUUUCGCGUCCCGUAGACGUAAUUUUUUUAUACGGUGCGUGGCCCUCGUCGAACGCCGUGUAACGACGGCGAUUCUUGACGAUUGUCGCGCGGAACGCCGGGCGCCGUUAGAAUCCACGUCCAGAAGACCUCGCCCACGCGGUUUUCGCGUCAACGGUCUCCACCGGUCCUCCGGCUUUUCGACCGAGCGCGGUCGGCGUGCGGUUUCCCCCCCCCCCCCCNCCCCCUCGGCCGUACGCGAAUUUCGCGUGCAUUGCGAAAGUUCGAAAAAUGUCCGAUCGAUCCGAUAGCGUUUUCCCCUCCCCCUCCCCCCGUUUUCCAAACGAAACGCGCUUUAUUAACUAACGCGGCAAUUUAUAUUUUAUCGAACACACGCCUAUUACAAUGUCGGUCGUUCAAUAUUCUCGCCGGCUAUUAUUUCGGACGGUUGCCGAUCAGCGUAUCCGUUCCCCCGUCUCUUAACUCCGUUAAGCGGACGCCGUGGCCCUUUUGACGACGUGCUGUCUUCGUUCAUGCGACCGCGCGGCGCGGCAAAAUUGUGUGUUCGACGCGUGCGCAUUUCGCGCACGCUCGCUUAACAAUUUAAAUCGCUAACGAAAACGGGAACACGGCACAGACAAUGUUCUCAUCUCUAAGAUCGAUAUUGGUGCGGUCAGUUCGCUCUAGAAACUUAAACGGCACAGGGCUGUCCGUGCCGAACGGUAAUUUGGAUAUUGUCGCGCGACCGUAUGACGGGAGACAGCACACGCGGAUACGGCGUCUCCUCGUGGAGGACCUUACCCCCUCCUCCCCCCCCCCGUGCAUUUGUCAUGUCGUGUCCGUGGUGUAGCGAACGCGCGUUCACGCCGAACGACUUUGUACUGUUGGUUUUAAUGUCUGAGCAAAUCCGGCGUAUCACAAAACUUAUGGGUUACUUGACUUGUUAUCCGCGGUGUUGUUUGCGCGUUGGUCUUCGAUAGUUCUGAACGAGAUCUAUAAGCUUGUGAAACGAAAACGAUAAUUACAUGGCCGCUUGUCUAGAUCUCGUUCAGAAAUUAAAAUAUCGAGAUAAAAAACCCAACGGUACCGAGCGCAGAAGAACGACGGAGGCCUUGCCUUUAAGUUUUAUCAGUUUUACAGGUCGAUCCGCCGCUCGAUUAUUAAUACCGACGGCACAAAAGUCGUGAACGCGAAUUCGCGCCAUGUCACGUGGUUGGGCGAUGACAAACGCGCGGGUAACGUCCGGCUCUUGACGCCGGGCACUUAUAAAUAUUGUGUUUCUUCUUUGGUCCGGACGGCGUUUAAACACAGCGGCCCGUUGUCCUACACCACGUCGUCGGUCACUGUAUUUGUCACAUCCACUGUAAUUAUGUUGUACGAGCGUGGGGAUUUUCAUUUUCGUUUUUCAGGAGUCUACGCCGGCGUCCAAACUUCAAGAUCCCGCGGCGACCGCCGACGGCGCAGACGUUCCUCACGCCGACGCCGCCGAUGCCGAAAAUUCCGAUUUGGAAAACAAAACGCCCCAUAAGAAAUUCGUAAGUCCUGUUGUUGUAGCAGACGUAAUGCGCACGCGCGCGACCGUGCCGUUCUGUUGUCGUGUUAUGAUUAAUAAAACGAUUGAUUAUUUUUUUUUUUUUUUAUUUUUUAUUUUAUUCAUUUUGGCCGGCGCAGAGACGGAACCUGACGGACGAUAAAAAAACCGUCAAGUCCGAACCGGGCACCAGCAGCAGCAGCAACAAAAAUUCGCCGACUGCGGCCGCCGCGUCGCCGGACCACGCUGCUGACGCGACGUCCAACGACGACGAGCCCAAACGACGGCCGAAAAAAACAGCCAAGGUAAACGCGCCGCGUUCAUUGCGGAAGACUUAGGCGCGCGGCGAGGCGACCACCAAACUCGUCCGCGUGAAUAAAAAAACGUCCCGAAACGAGUAGAACGCGAUUAUAAAAAGGGCCACGGGCUUGCGCUGCGCCGCGUACGCUACGAUUGCGCUACCACCACCACCACCACCCGCGCCCUGUAUAGGAAUCGUUCGCGUUUUUCGGAAAUCGCGUGCAUUAUUUCGAACCGUGGCGGCCCCCGUCGUGAAUCGCGUAUCCCGUAAAAUUGCGCGUACGGCUGUGCUUCGCGGCGACGACCGACGGAAAAUUGUCGUCGUAAUAGUAAAUCACCCGUCUACGUGAGAUGGUUCGCCGAUCAACUGUAAUCGAACAUAAAUGUGAUAUCGUCUGUUACCCGUGUGGUUUUCCGCUGCAGACUCCGGCGUACAAUUGAAAUUAUUAAAAUGAUUUAUCAGUGGCUCGGCGUGUAAAAAUCCGUCGCGGCGACGGGAAUUCGCCUACGAUUUAGGAUUGUUAUGUGCAAAAGUAAUACAAUCGAAUUGAAUCUUCAAAUUACUCGCGUUUGAUAUAUAGCAGCGGUUCUUAACCUUUUGUAGAACACGGACCCCGAUGAAAGAUUUUUGGAAAUCGCGGACCCCCUAACAAUUUUUCGUCGAAUACCUUUUUUUUUUUUUUACAAAACAUCUCAUGUUAUCCUGACUGAAAUUAUAAUAAUUGUUUUAUAUUACAAAUUAUAGAUACAUUUUCGUAUUCGUAUCUUACGUAACGCAGUAAUACUGAAUUAUUAGUUAUAUCGGUACUUUCAACAACUGUUCUUUAAUAUUUCCUUAUAAACCAUCAAUUCGUUUUUUUUUUUAUUGUAUCAUUUGACAAUGCAAUUUUAUUUAAGCUAUUUGCAGCUUCUUACUCUUUUCAUACACGGAGCCUUUUCAUCAUAAACGGCAGAAUUCUUCCUUUUUAAAUUUAGUCAACGUUCCAUUUUAAAUCUUAAAUGUCUUUACGAUGAUUUGAAAAAAUACGUAUUAAUUCUAAAUUACGUAGGUAUAAAACUAUAAUUGAGGUACAAUCGAUCAACUGCACUUAUUGGUAGUAAAUAUACGACUGCCGGCUAAAGUGCUGUACGCCUGUACAAUUCGUAUGAACAAAAAAAAAACUGAUAAAUAAAUAUUAAUAAUAAAAUGAAUAGAUUUAGAUACUUAAUUGUAUCGAAUUCCAUUGUCAUCGGUGCAAUAAAGAUAGAUAAGAUAGGUUUAUCUCUUACAAUAUUAUAAUCUGUCUGUUUUUUUCAGUUGGUUCUCCUUCGUAUGUCCAUUACAAUAAUUGUAAAUAUUGUAGAAACGCAGUGUAUAAAUUGAGAAAAAAAAAGAUUCGCGAAUUACUUAAUUGAUCAUAAAAAAUAAAAAUCGAACAUCCCUAUGGCCUAUAUAUUAAUACCCAAGUUUAAAGGGCCAAAUAAUAUGCAAUAAAAAAAAAAUUCCAGAGAUAUUUUCGACGUUUUUCCAAUGUUAAAACAUAAAUAUUGUAACACACAGGAUCAUAAGCAAUACUAUGUAAAAAACGUCAAUUUAAAAGUAUUAUGUGAACAUUUUAGAUGUCUGUGAAUUUUGUUUAAACUGAAUUACAUACAUGAACAUGUGGGUAAAAUCGAACUUGCUUCUCGGUGAUUUUGUGUUUACCACGCCUCUGUUGUGUAUAUUUUAUUUUAAUAAUCUGUUCCUCUCUCUUUUCUGGGUUACGAGAAAUUUACAUAAUUACGUAUGAUGUUUAUCUAGGUCCCGGACUUCACGAUUAUAGACUUGAUGAAAGUUUAUGACCAAGGUAUGGAAGACGCUGAAAAAUUUUUCAAAUCCGCAAAUACAAUUCCUGAUUCCGGCGUAAUGAUCAAACGAGAAAAAGGGUCGCCUAUACGUAUAGUGAGUAUUAAAUGUUAUAAUAUUUUGUGACCUUUAUGAUAUAGUUUUUUUAAAUGUAAAGGGGGGAAAAAGUUGAUACUGAGAGCGUAGUUUUUGUAGUUGGGAAGUCUGAAAAGUAGGAUACAUAAAGUUAUUUGAUUUAUAUCUGCAAGCAACGAUAGACCAUUGCUAUAACGAAAAACAAUUUGGAGUGAAGUUGGGUUCAGGCACUGGUCCAGAGGAAAGUUCUGGGGAGAGCCUAACAAUUGUUUACAAUACAAAUACAAUUAAAAUAGAAUAUAAUAUAUUAUUUUAUUAUACAUAUCAGUAAUUGGAAUAUAGUAAUAUGAGGAUCUAUAGAAUUAUAAAAAAAAAAAAAUCGGAGAGAUAAUAUGUCCUUGGGCCCCUAGCCCCCUCCCUGGUUCGGUUAUACAUAUUUUGAAAGGCCCUAAUAUUUACGGUUUUCAUAAAAAAUUAAUUUUAAAACUUUGACCACUAAAUACGACUUAUAAUAAACCUCCUGUAAAAUUUUCAAACAUUUCUGUUUAGCCUAACAAUUUUAUCCAUAGAGUACCUACCAAAUCAAAAUUAGGUAAAAAAAAUUAUCAAAAUUAAGAUAUCUGAAGGUAGCUCAAAAAUGGCUUAAUGUUUCAAAAAUUUUACCACGUCUAGAAACAGCAAAUAUAAGUUUUUGUCCAAAUUCUAAGGCUCUAUGAAUAUUUUAAACUAAAUUAUAUUUUUUAAAAAAAAGAGAAAUUAUUUUUGUAAAUUUUCUCGUUUUUUCUACGUAUUUUUCGAUUUUGCUCAAUUAUUAAAAAAAAUACUCAAAACAACUUUCUUAAUAACUUACUUUCUUAAUCACCAACUUUAAAAUGCAACGAAAAAGGUUUCUUAUCAUUUUUAAAUUGGAGCAAGAUUUCUGAUAGAAAACAUCGCUUGCAAAAUUUUAAAUAAUUAAACCAGAACGCCACGUUGCCGUAAAUAUUAACAAAUUCAAUUUUUUUAGUCUUACACAAUUAUUAUGAAAACUGCUUUGGAUAUCAAAAACCUACUUUCUCUGUCAGUGGCUAUAAUAUAGUAAAAGAAACAAACGGAAUAUUUCGCAUGAUAGGUGGGCCACUGUUGUCGGUGUGAAGUUAGGAAGGUAGUAGGAAAGUUAAUAUACAUAUGUAGGUAUGUAAAGAUUAAUCGAUGAUAACGAAAAACGAUUCUGAGCGGAGUUCGGUUAUAAAGGUUAAAAAAAACUCUAAUAUUUACGAAUUGAAAAUAAUACAUUUCGAAAAUUUUCCUAUAUUUUUUCCUGGUUUUCCCAUUUAUUAGGAAAACCCUGGGAAUUUCAAAAAAAUUACCUCUUAUAUUAAUGCACCAAUUAGACAAAAUAAUCUUUCAGAAAAGGUACUAUGUUCUAUACAUUAGAGCAAGAUUUCUUUUUGGAUAGUUGUUUACAAACAGAAAAAUUUUUUUUUAAAAAAAAGCGUCCAUCAUAGUAAAACCAAUAGGUCUCUCGCUACGCUCUGAAUCUAAAAGCAAAUGUGAAAAAAAUAAGAAGUAAAUUUAUUUUUCUUAUUGAUUUUUUAUCGUUCGCCCCAAUUCCUGCGUUAAACCUUCAAAAUAACAACAUUAUUAUUAUGCUCGUGUUCGUAGAUCGAGUACAUACCGCCGGAAAAACUAGUUACCGUUACCCAGAAACCGAUAAAAGUUGUUGCCACGGACAUGACCAUCGAUGAAAUCUUAAAAAAUUCUAAAAGGUGCCAUCACAAACCGAGAUAUGUAAUAAGACCCGUUCCGAAGUUGGAGAAGAACAAUCAAGUAAAAGUGAUGGAAAUGGUAUUCAGAUUCCUAUCAAGGCAAGAUAUUCGAAAAUGUGAACUUGUUUGUAAAGACUGGUACACGGCCGCUCUUGCUCCGGAAUUGAACACUCGCAUCGACCUCACGGAACAAAUCAUCACCAGUGACAUCCUUUGGUGUGAGUAUAACUAUUAUAGCUAUAUGUAGGUUAAGUUAUCAGAGUCUCGCAACUUUUUUUGUUUUCCUUUAUUGCCUUUGGUUUUUUUUUUAUAUAAUAUUGGAGUAUAUAUUUUUGUUCAUCAAUUUAAGCCUAGUGUUACUUAAUAUAGUAAUAUCAUGGUACACUGAUGCAUGUACAAAAGAGGGGGGGGGGGCUAGUGGUUCAAACCUUCUCCUGAAAUUGCAUUAAAAUUAUGUAGAAAGUACAGUCAAAUUCGCGUAUAACGAUGCCGUAUAUAACGAUAUCGGUUAUAACGAUAAUCCGGAUAUAGCGAUGUUAUUUUAAAACGAAAAUUGUUUUUUAUAAUCACCCAUAGCGAUUAAUAAUAUGCAUGUGCAUUGUACAUUGUGUAGUAAAUUUGAUUUCGUCCAAAUUGAUAAUUCUUAAUCUUAUCUGUAACAGAUAAUGUGUCUUGAUCGUAUUGUAUACAGAAUACCUAUGUUUCUUAGUUGUUUAGUUUCCAUUUUGAUUGCUAUCCGUUUAGACACGAUCCGAAUAAGUUAAAAAUGUCAAAUAAAAGAAUAAAUAAGUUAAAAAUGUCAAAUAAAAGAAUAAAUAAAUAAACUUUUAUUAAAAUUUAUAUAAAUACCUUGAAUGUUAAAAUAUAUUAUCUUAAAAAAAUUAAAAAGUAAAAAAUCAUGUUACUUUUUAUGAUCCGGAUAUAACGAUCAGAUUCCCUAGGUCCCUAGAAGAUCGUUAUAAGCGAAUUUGACUGUAGAUUUUUAUUUGAAUCUCAAAAGUGGUUUCUGUCAAUGUGGAAAAUAAAUAAAAUGUCGGUUUUAUUUUAAUUUUAUUACUAGACGGUAUUAUUAGGUACGUAUUGUUAUUAUUUUUAAUUUUUUGUGGUUUUCCUGUUUUAGAAACUUAUACGCUGAUAUGGCAUAGUCUGCAUUAUCACUACGAUAACAUAAAUUACGUUAUCAUUUAGGCUGUAUUCGUUAUGAAAAUAUUAAAUGUAAAAUUUAGUAACGGCUAAUAGGUACCUAAAAGGUUAAAAAUGAAUAUUAUAAAAUAUUGACAUUUUUAAUGAAAAAUAAAUAAUACUUCUAUUGAAAGUAUGUAAACUUCUUUGUUGUAAGAGUAUACAAGUGUACCUAUCCCCCCCCCCUUCGAAAUAAUUUUUAUAAACUCACCUGAUGGUAUAACAAUAUUAUAGUCGUGUUUGAAUGCCUGUCAUUUUAAAGCUAACUGGGUGUUCCAUUAUUACGAUAUUUCAUAUUGUUGAUGAUGCUGACAACUAUUAAUAUUGUAUCAUUUGUAUUAAUUUUUCGGUUAUAAAGCUGGUUACACACUGACCGUUGCGUACGCGAUUCCGGACUCGCGCGUUGGAAGCGCGUCCGAGUUUCGAAAACGCGCAAACGAUUACGAGUUAAAUUUACGACUAAGACAACUGGUCAUUUUAACGGUCCCUCAGAAAUAUAAAGCGCGCCAAAUUUUAUUUCAGCCAUACAGUGGUUACAUUCUUUGCUACACUCGGAAUCUAAAAUAUGCAUAGAUAACUUUAAAAGGGAUACCAGUGAAGAUUUUAAUAAAAAGUUAUUGAAAAUUUAAAAUAGAAAUUCCGGACAAAGUGUUAAAAUUUUAAAACGACCCGAGUAGCCAUCACCAAACUCCAUUAUUUGAAUCCAUUAUCGUUUUGUAUUUUUUUAUUCUGUAGAUGUUGUGAAGAGACAGCCAAAAGUUCUGAUAUUGGACUGGUGUAACAUCACUAAGCACCUGAUGGAGUGGCUGAUGACCCGAUUACAGUUGAUCAAGGCGCUGUCUUUAGUAGGGUGUACGUUUCCUCCGGUGAUGUACCUUCGGUCGUGCAUUGGCCCGGUUCUAACGUCACUAAACUUGAGCUUCGUGUCCAACAUGGACGACACACUUCUGCAGCAUAUCCUGUCCCCACCGCUGGAUCACAGGCCCGGUCUGGUGGACAUGGCGUCCCGGCAGUCAAAACUAAAGACGCUCAAACUGGCCGGCAGCAAAAUCUCUGACAAUAGCAUCCAGGUCAUCGUAUCGGUAUUGCCCCAUCUGUCCAUGCUCGACCUUUCGCAGUGUGACCCAAUUUCAGACCAAGGAGUCGAGUUGCUUAUAAAAAUUGAGGGACUGUCCACGUUGCAGCUUUCUGGAUGCACGGGCAUCACUGAACGGGCGCUGAAGUACCUGGGCAAGUGCAAGAGCAUUACAUAUCUCGACCUGAGACACACAAACAUUUCGAUAACUGCCAUCAACAAGUUCGUAACUACCCUCAAUGGUUUCACAGUAUUAGACAACAAGCUCAUUGUCAAACAGGGGAACUCCUGA